GCAGGAGCAGGAGCAGGAGCAGGAGCAGCAGGUGCGAGCACAUUACGCGGAACAUGGAGCCAGAUGUGAUCCACAUGUGUUCCUCCUCCUCCCCACCCCACCUGGAUGAGGAAGAUGGCGACGACUUUGGAGGCUUUGGCGACUUCGCCAGGGUCCCAUCUCUCACCAUCCCGCCUCGACCUCCAGGGCUCCUCAGCAACGGCGCCGCCGCGUUCCCGCAUUUGAGUUUCGGGGGAUUAGCCGGAGACCCGGGGAACGCGGUCUCUAAAUCGCACCGCGGUAAACUCCGAGACGUGAGCUGCGGCUUUUCUCUGUCCCAUCCCAGCGCUGCAGCUCCAGAGGUGGAUGGGUGUUGGCGGGAAGGCGAGAGCCCCAGCUGGGAUGAUGGACCGCUGCUCACGAACGUUUUAAUAAAUGGCUUUGAGGACGAGCAGCGUUCGGUCCCCCCUGCGGUCGAACCCGGACGGGAAUGGCGCCCGCACGUCGACGUGGGCUCUUCCGCGCGUUCGGGUGCCUUGUCUCGUACGAGCUCCCCUCGGGGCGCCGACCGCAACGCAGGCUGCCGACCUGCGGCCGAGGAAGCCGAAGCCCUGAGCAAUGGCUGCUGGGACGAGCGCGAGCGGCACCGGGUCGGGGGUGGGCUGUCUCCCGGAACCGGGGCGGAGGAGCGGAGCCCGGUGGGCGGUGCCGAGCGCGGCCGGGGGGGUGUGUCGCAGAACUCGGGGUUCGUGCGCACGGUCAGCGCCUCCACCAGCGGAGACUUUGCAUCCUUCUGCCAGGCGGUGUCUCCCGAUGGCCUCGAGGACUUCGGAGAGCUCGGGUUCGGGUUCGGCGCCGUCGCCGCGGACGACGAGAAGCUCGGCUCCGGGGACGACUCCGCUGACUUCGGCGCCGGCUCCUCGGGGGGGCGGGAGGGCGACUCGGACCCCUUUCCCAGCAGCGACAGCUUCGCCGACUUCCGCUCGGCGCCCGCCGAUCCGGACGCCGCACCCGAGUGGGACCCCUUCGGGGGGCAGGCCGGGGGGGGCUCCUGGGCCGCGUUCCAAUCGGAACGGAGCGCCACCUGUUCGGGAGAAGGGGAAGAACGGCAGCGGGACGGUCCUGGCGCAUCGCCCCCCCGUGGCAGCUCCUGCACCUGCAGGAGGAACAGUGUACCGUUGUCUCUGUGCAGUCGGCUGGAGAGCCUCUUCCAGACCAGUUUCCCUGUGGAGCCGAUUGCCGAAGCCCAGGAGGAGGUCUUCUCCCUCUGGGCGGCGCUGAACGGGCGGGGACAAGAGCAGGGCGUGUCCGGCCACAGGACGCCGCAGGACAUCUGGAGGCAGCUGCAGGACAUCCAUGGCGCUCUGGGCCUCAAGCACCGGUGGGCUGGUUCCCAUAGCAACAAAGCACUACUUCGUUCCCUGGGCGUCGACAGUCGGAACAUCCUUUUCGCAAGCCAGAGGAGCCACCUGGCUGCGGUGUCGUCACACGCCACCGAUCUGGGUAUGAUACAGCGCCCGCCUCCGGAGGCCGAGAAGAUCAACUCCGUUGCACAGAGACCUUCAGGGUCCCCAGAAAUAAGCACUUCCUGUCCAGAGUCAAAGCAGCAGGGGGCGCCGCCACCCGUCCGGUUUGACUGCGGCGACAGUGGCCGUACCGACCCUGUGGAUGGUACGUCUCUCCGCCAUGCCGCCUGUGCCGCCCGGUCCCGGCAGAGCCCCGUCGCCUGAUGGCUGCCGUUUCUACCCUCUGACCGGUGGAGCUCAGGUUUCCUUCCCGCCCCUCAGCGGCCCCAGAGGUCUGUUGGGUCUCAACUCUGCAGGGAACCGUAAAACAGCACAGUUAGGAUACGGCGCCGACAAGCGAACAUCCACAAGCGUCUUGGCAGCUGGAGCCAGUUCCCUGUUGAGCCGUCAUUUCGCUCGUCUCUUACCUACGAGAACCGCGUACUUUUUGACGGACAUCUCGGCACGUCUUUCACGCCUACUUUUCACGUCCUUCAAGCGCAAGCAUGUGGCUGUAGUGUUUGGCAGGAGCUCUGGGAAGAGGACAUUUAGAAGGAAAGGAAAGGAAAGGACUGCACUGCAUUUUGAAGCAGUUGCACUUCAAAGGUAAUUGAACAUAUUUUGAAGGUGGUCAGUUGACCCUAUUGCUGAACCUAGCAAUGACCGCAUGGUGACCCUGCUGCUGACCCUAGUGCUGAACCUACUGUUGACUCUGCCACUCAACGGGGUGUUGAGCUUAGUGUCGAACCUGUUGUUCACCCUACCGUUGACCUUGGUGUCAGCUCUGCCGUUGACCCUAGCGUUGACCUCAGUGUUAACUUUUGUGUUCACUCUGCCCCUCACUGUAGCGUUGACCUUGGUGUUGAAUCUGCCGUUGACCCUUCCGCUGACCGUACCUUUGACCCCAGCACAAUUCAUCCACGCUGGAAGCCUGGGUUCUUCACUUGGUGUCUUCGCUCUUUGAGCUGCAGUCUUUCCAUCACCUUUUCUGUCCCUUUUCCUUUUUCUUCACUUUGAAGGGAAACAAUAUUUAAUGAACUAACCCUGUAAUACAGUGUGGAAAGUUUCCAACUUUCCCAUCAAGUUUUUUUUUUUUUGCCUUUGAUUCCUUAGAACUAAAUGCUUUUUUUUCCUGGUUGCAAUAAAUGGGUCUUAUUAGAAAACUCUGGUAGCAAGUGACCAUGUUCUGCUUUUGCGUCCCAUGACAUCUGGCAGCCUUAGUGUGCGUGGGCGCCGAUUACUCACUCCAUGCGUUUAAAGAAAGUUCCAGAAGGCCCACUGCUCACGCUACGAACACCAGCGAUUCCUGUCGGAGGAGCCCAGACGCUCUGAUGCAGGACCGCUUGACGGCUUUAACAGUCGGUCAGUUUGCACACGCAUCAUAGAACAUCCCUCCUGUGCCCCUGGGGGAGGUAAGUGGGACAUUCAGCUUUGCUCAUGUGGCUGUGGUGACGGGAGCCGUUGCCACGAGUCCCAGGUUCGAGUCCCAAAGGAGCAACAGCAGCUCUAACCCUCUACUAGCUGGGUUCCAAUCCCAGCUCCUGCUGUAGUACCACUGACCAAGGUACUUACCCCAGAGCAGUACCUCCUUUUUAGAGCAGAAUAAUUUACUGUAAGUGGAGAAAAUGGUCAAAUACAUUAACUUUUAUUGAAUAAUAUAAAACUACAAAAGUUACAUUAAAAUUCAAACACAUACAUCCUUUAGUCCAAAAGAGAGGAGAGUGACUGGAGGGGGGGUGUUUCCUCCCCCCCAGAGACAAUAUUGCAUAAAGAAGGCACAGCAGAGGAGCCAUCCCCACUCACACACUAACCUCUGUCUCAAAUCUGGUGUGUGUGUG